AUGGAUGCCAUGAGGAAGCAGCUCGAUGUGCUCAUGGGAGCUAACAGAAACGGCGAUGUGACGGAGGUGAAUCGCAAAUACUACGACCGCGAUGUUUGUCGUCUCUACUUAUCCGGUCUCUGCCCUCAUGAGCUCUUCCAAUUGACGAAAAUGGAUAUGGGUCCUUGCCCAAAGGUGCACUCUUUGCAGCUGAGGAAAGAAUAUAAAGAAGCAAAGGCAAAAGGUGUUGACAAUUACGAUAGGGAAUUGGAAGAUGCCAUAGACAGGCUUAUUGUUGAAUGCGAUAGGAAGAUUGGUAGGGCUCUUAAGCGUCUUCAGGAAGAGGAUGCCAAAGCUGCCAUUGCAAUCUCAGUCACUGAAGUUACUCAGUCUCCUGAAAUUCUCGAAUUAUCGAAGCAAAUCAAAGAGAAGAUGAAGGAAGCAGACCUGCAUGAUCUUGAAGGAAAAACUGAUCUAAAGAUUAGGGCUCUUGAGUUAGUUGAAGAGAUGAGGACUCAGAGAGCUGACAAACAGGCUGUGCUGCUGUUAGAAGCCUUCAACAAAGAUAGGGCCUCCUUGCCACAGCCCGUCCCAGCUCAGCCACCAGCUGCAGCAUUACCUCCGCCUGAUCCUCGCACUCAAGAAAUGAUCAAUGAGAAAUUAAAGAAAGCAGAAGAAUUUGGCGAACAAGGAAUGGUUGAUGAGGCGCAGAAAGCACUAGAAGAGGCUGAAGCUCUUAAAAAGCUUACUGCUAGACCAGAACCUGUAGUGGAUUCAGCCAAAUACACUGCUGCUGAUGUGCGCAUUACAGACCAGAAGCUGCGUCUAUGUGACAUAUGCGGAGCAUUCCUGAGCGUAUAUGACAGUGAUCGUCGGUUAGCUGAUCAUUUUGGAGGGAAGCUUCAUUUGGGUUACAUGCUGAUUCGUGACAAAUUAGCAGAGCUUCAGGAGGAAAAGAACAAAGUUCACAAGGAACGGGUCGAUGAAAGGAGGUCAAAGGAGAGGAGCAGAGAGAGAGAAUCAAGUAAAGACAGAGACGGAGGAGAUAGCCGUGAUCGUGGAAGAGAUGUUGACCGUAGGAGUAGAGAUCGCGACAGGCACCAUGACCACCGUGAACAUGACAGAAACUAUAAUCAGUCACGUGGCUAUGACUCAAGAAGCCGUCGCAGUUCGCGGUCCCGGUCUAGGGAAAGACCGAGGGAUAAUGAUCGCCGCAGGCGCCAUGACCGAUACUGA